AUGAACCAGCCAACACCACAGAAAAACAAGGACAUUCAGCAAACGUCAAGUUCCCAAAAAGGUUAAGUACAGAAGAAACUUGAGUAAAAUCAGAAAAUUUACAUCCCUCUCUCUUUCAACUCAUUAUGCCCAAUGCCCAAUGUUAGUAUCUCUCAAAAGAUUUUCCAACAACACAUAACAUGAUUUAAAUCAAGGGCUAAUAAAAUUAACAUUGAAGAAAUUUAUAUUUUUUAGAGCCUUCGUUUGAGAAAAUGAUGGAGACAUUUCAGAAGGCCCUCAGCAGCCACUAUGAAAAUAGUGGCCAACCAUUAUACAAUGCAGAAGAUAUGAGGAAGUUUUCCGAGAUUUAUGCGCCAGGCUUGUUUGAUGUCCUGCUCAGUUCAAUUCUUCGAGACGACUCCAGGCUGUCAGAAGACAGGAAAACACUGCAGGAGCAAAGAACAGUUGCUCUUCUCCAUAUUAUGACAUAUUUUAGGUAUCUGGCAAGGAAUGAAAUAGAAAACAAUGCUGACCUCUAAAGAGAUCAUGUGGUAAAAAAAAUACUUAUUUGUUGUUCAUCUUGUCUAGAUCCCAGAAGUCCCUUGCAAAAAGACCUGGGUCUGUACAUGCACCAACAUGGCCUUUCAAGAGCUGGCUUGAACAAUGGCCCUAUCUUUGGCUUUUCAGUAGCACCAAGAUCAAUUGAUAGGCACAACAUCAACUUACGGCAGCAGUAUCCAAGCUUGUUAAAGCAAAAAAUAGAACAGUCAGUUAAGGUGCAACUGAAUAUGUAAAUACCUGAUAACUUUUAUUAAGUACAAAUCCAUUUCUAAAAUAAAAUAAAUUGAAAGCAUACAGAAAUGUAGGCUACACAGUAAUGUUUUAAAAACAGCCAAACCACUGGAAUCAGGGUGCCUUAUUAUUCAUAUUAAAUGACAGAAAAUUAACAAAUACUACAACAAUAUAUUUUUAGAAUGACAAAUUUAAUAUUGUUUGAUAACCUGAACACUUUAGUGGCAUUUAAUGUAUGAUUAUCUAUUGACAACUCAGUAAGAGGUUAAAGAAAUUGGACUAUCACAUAUAAGAAGGUAGCCUGUGAACAGGCUCUAUGUUUGGGGGAAGGCAAGAUAUUUUCACCCUUUCCCUAAACAGAGAGCCUGUUCACAGAUUAAUAAGAAUGUAACAUGAUAACAACUUGAUUCCUAUGUUCAAAACAUAUCUACUAACUGUUACGACUAUUCAUUCAUGAUUGUAUUUUAUUAGGAAGGUACUUCUAUGAUUCUCCUCUUGGAUGAUUUUCAUAAUAUUCACACAAUCAGAAUGCCAGACAACCUGAAAUUGUCUAAAGCAACACACAUGGCUUCUGUUCUACUUGACAUUCACCUCGAAAUACCAGCUGUAAAAAAACCCAACGCACAGUGUGUCCACAGUGUUUUGAAAAUUACUUUCAGAGGGCAGGAGACUGUUUGCAGAGGUGGUAUUGUAAAAAGAUACAUACAAGAACUGUUCACAGAAAGUCUUAAAAGCCACCACCACUCAUUUCUAACCUCUCUUCCCCAACAAUGUCAGCAGCUGAAGGCUAAAGAUAUACAAAAACAGAUCAAACAGUUCAGGUGUUUAUUAAGAGUUUCACGUUUUCUCUUUUCCCACAACUGUCCAGUUUAACAGGGUUUCAUAGCUGUGGUGUGUAAAAUCGCAGUGAAUACAUAAACUGUAAUAGCAUUUGAACCAUGAAGAAAACAAAUUAAUUAUAUCUUCUUUUGCCAAGUUGAUUGGGUUUGCAUGAAUUGUUUGGUACAAAAAAACAAUAAAAAAAAAACACAAAACACUAAGACACCCUCAAUUGGAAAUACACUACAUGUACAUGUGCUCUUGUACUAUGUAUGUUCCAGCAACCCACUAGGUAAUGACUUAUUUUUCUCUACAAUAGACCUGCAUUAUGUAUGCAUUAUAUAAAGUCUUAAAUUGCAAUCAUGGUGCACAAGUAACAAUAUUUUUACUUUAAUUUCUAGAGUAUACAAUGGCAUGGCACAAGAUGAACUUCUUACCCUGAGCACUUGCGUUUUAAUAGACGAAUUCGAGGCAGGCCUGAAAAGCAUGGAGGAUUACAAGGCUGCACUUAACCAUACAUUCCAUUCUGCUCUUCCCCUUCAUGAUUUCUGUAAAUUAUUUGUUAUUCCACUGCCUGGAGAUUGGCCAACCUGGUACUACACAAAAAAAAAAUAA